AAAAUAUUUUGUCUAAGCGAAGAGGAAGUUUGCACAUAUAGGUUAAGCACUCGGUCUAGUAAGACAGCGAACUAGACCAUGAACUUUAAAAAGAAAGAUGAAUGUUGUUCCGAGGCCAAAUCAGAGAACUCUCUUGGAGAUCUUACCAAGCGCUUUAUGAAUCUUGCGUCUGAGAGUAAAGAUGGCGUUAUAGAACUUAAUAUGACGGCUGAACGGUUAGGCGUUAAGAAAAGACGAAUUUACGACAUUACUAACGUCUUGGAAGGCGUGAACAUUAUAGAAAAAAAGAGUAAAAACAACAUUAUCUUAAAGUGCUCUCCCUCUCUAAGCAAGGAACAACAAACUAGAAUUGAAUCUUUGAAAAAAGAAAUUGAAAGCAAAAAAAAAUUAGAGCAAAUCUUAGACAACGACAUUGCCCUUUUACAAAGCAGCAUUCAAACGUUUUUUCAAUCUCCCCAUUGCUACGUUUCACAUGAUGACAUCCGUGGGAUUCCAAGAUUAAAAGAAGAGAUGAUACUGGCUGCGAGGGCACCCUCCGGAGCUCAACUAGAAGCCAUACAAGAUAAUUGUACAAAGCUGUCAUUGAUAUGCAACAAGGCGUUUGAAGUAUAUGUGCUGACUAAGGAUGAUGACUUGUCCCCUCAUAAAUCUCAAAAUACAACAAAAAAUGUGCCCAUACCACAGCAAACCGUGACCAGCCCGCAACCUCCGCUGCUGUCAUCCACAAACUCUCCAGAAAAAGUUUUGAAUACGAACAGCCGAUCAGAAUUAGCAUAUCCGGCUCGAUUUUCCAGUAACUACUACACUGCUGAUGGAAGUCACCUGGACGAUUCAGUGGGCCAGUUCAAUGUCUUAUAUCCAUUUGUUGCCCUUUCACACGACUCGUUUAAUACGAGGACUCAGUCUCGCAACAAUCUGACUACUGUGUCUUCACAGAUUGGUGAAGAUUUAACUCCAAAAGCUUUAAAUUUUAAAUUCCGUGCACCAUCUCGUACGUUUUUUUAUAAUGAAUACAGCAACAGCCACGUAUCAUCUUGGAAGCUAUCGCCGACUCAGAGAAUAGGAUCCUUCUUUCCUAGCUCAGAUAUUUCUGCAAAUUUUGAUGACUUUUUACAGGAUCGAUCUAUUUUUGUUAAACCAUCAUUAUUCUUUUCUCAAUCUCCUAAUGAUAGACGAUCGAACGUGUCAAGUGAUACUUCAAGUGCACUAGUCUUCAAUGCACAAGACAAAUUUUCUAUUUCAAAUCCGACUCCCGUCAUAAAUGCUUACCACAACAAUUCAGCUAUCUAUGAUGGCGUAGAUUUCACACAUUGAUGACGGAUACAAGAAUCAAACCUGUAUAUUACUGAGAUCUGAUCAUACUAAAUGCUGAAAUUUGAAAUUCUUUUUGCGUCCUAUAAGGUCGAAAUCUCAUAUCUGGUACAAGUUUCUUGAAAGGCGUGGCGUCAUUUCCCUAUAUCGCUUUUUGAUCCUGCUAUCGUGCUGGAAAAAAGGAGAACUACUUAAAGAAUUAGAUCUCAUGAACUGGGCCGAACAUGAUUAAACAUGUCUUCUUAGAAGUUAUUGG